AUCUUGAACUGCAUCUUGCACGACUUCUCGUCAAAUCAUCAUGUCAUAUGAUAUGCAGACACCGACAGACCCCAACGCAGAACCCAGCUCGUCUCGCACUAAGCCUCGAUCUCUUCGACCUCAUCUAUUCGAGAAUGAGAUAGCUUCAUCCAGACCAUUCCAAGAAGGACGGAUCAAGCCUUCUGAUUUGCUCACUGACGAAGAUUAUAAGAGAAUGAGGAUCGAAGCGGCAAAGAGGGCUUUUGUCGGAGGGAUCGCAGCUUCAGGCAUGACCAGUGAGGCUGUUCGCGAGAAUUCACAAGCUGAUUCACAUGCAGCGUUCGCAGUCAGAAAAGUCUGGCCGAAAUUGACCCACGCCCAGCUCGGCAUGGUGUUCAUGACAUCCGCUGUACUUGGUAUCUGGGCUACGACAGCAUCUUACCUUCAGUCAGAAAUGCGGGUAGUCUACCGUAAAGCAGAGGACAUGUCCAGAGCACAAAUCGCAGCCCGGGGACUGGGACCGAGUGAUACCGCCGUAAAUGGAGAACCGGUGUUGAGAGACCCAUUUGCGGUAGAUGGAAGUGCAUCGAGCAUACGAUUAUGAUAUGCAUUGGGAAUGGAGCAUCAGGCGACGU